UCUACCAAUCCUUCUCUCAUUCAAACCCUUCACUGCAAUUCCUUCGGUUCCUUAACUGUAAGUAAAAGAUAAAAAUCUCUCCUUUUUCUUUUUCUUUUUUUUUUGUUUUCCAUUUGAUUGUUUAUAUAUAUAGAUAGAUAUAGACAUAUAGCCUUUGUAGUCUUGGAUUAGUUCUUCAAGAGUUCACAUAGCUUCAAUUCAAUCUGUCUGUUUAGUCUCAUUUUUUAAGAUCAGCACAGCUGUCUGUAUACAUAAGUUCGUGCUUCCCGCUGUUGGGUUGCUCCAAAAUUACUGGAAAAAUGAGCAGUAGCAGUUCGAUUGGAAUUUGUACCAUGAAACCCAGCUGUAGAAUCCUCAUUAGCUAUAAGGGUUCCUCGAUCUUUGGGGUUUCGCCCCAUAGGACUAACCCGUCCGUUGCUCGCAAUUUGUCGAAAUCUCAGUUCAAGUCCAUUUACUGCCGGAGCUAUAGCAGCUCGCAGAUUUUAGGCCAUAAGGGUUCGGUUGGUCCGAGUCGGAGGGCUUUUUGUGUCUCCGAUCAGGGCUGGAGCCAAUAUGGGAGCAUUUCUAGCAUUUGUUGUGUACAUAAUCUAAAGGGUAGCAAAAGGGGUAUUUUAGUAAUUCCCCGAAUAGCUUCGGACACUAGGAACCAGUCGACCUCAGUCGGAGCUCAUGUUAAUGAGAAGGGCUUUGAGAGGAUUUACGUUCAGGGUGGGCUGAAUGUGAAGCCCCUCGUGAUCGAGAGAAUAGAGACUGGUCUUGGUGUGGUCGAAGAAAGGGAGGAUAGAGUAGAGGACGACAAUUUAAGUGUGCAUACAGAAAGUUUUACGGGUUUGAAUGAGAGGAAGGAUGAGAGAGAAUUGUCAGAAAUUGAAAAGGAGGCAUGGAAGUUGCUCCGGUCCGCGGUUGUGAACUACUGUGGGGCCCCUGUAGGAACCGUUGCAGCCAAUGAUCCUGCAGACAAGCAGCCUCUCAACUAUGAUCAGGUCUUUAUUCGGGAUUUCAUCCCUUCAGCCCUCGCAUUCUUGCUCAAGGGAGAAGGCGAGAUCGUUAAGAACUUUCUUCUCCACACUUUGCAGUUGCAGAGUUGGGAGAAGACAGUUGAUUGUCACAGCCCUGGGCAAGGGCUCAUGCCUGCAAGCUUCAAAGUUCGGAGUGUCCCUCUUGAUGGGAGCGAUGGAGCGUUUGAGGAAGUUCUUGAUCCUGACUUUGGUGAAUCUGCCAUUGGCCGUGUUGCCCCUGUUGAUUCCGGGCUGUGGUGGAUUAUUCUGUUGAGAGCUUACGGGAAGCUAACAGGCGAUUACUCAUUGCAAGAAAGAGUCGAUGUCCAAACGGGCAUGAGGCUGAUCCUCAAUCUGUGCUUGAGUGAUGGGUUUGACAUGUUCCCUUCAUUGCUUGUAACCGAUGGUUCCUGCAUGAUUGACCGGAGGAUGGGAAUACAUGGACACCCUCUUGAAAUUCAAGCCUUGUUCUUCUCUGCUCUACGCUGUUCCAGGGAGAUGCUCAUUGUGAAUGACGGAACCAAGAAGCUGGCAGCAGCCAUUAACAACCGACUCAGCGCCCUCUCAUUCCACAUAAGGGAAUACUACUGGGUCGACAUGUCAAAGAUUAAUGAGAUCUACCGUUAUAAGACAGAGGAGUACUCAACGAACGCCAUCAACAAAUUCAACAUCUACCCUGACCAGAUCCCGUCGUGGCUUAUGGACUGGAUUCCUGAGACAGGAGGAUACCUCAUUGGUAAUCUCCAGCCCGCCCACAUGGACUUCCGUUUCUUCACGCUUGGGAACCUGUGGGCGAUAGUCUCAUCUCUAGGGACCCAACAGCAGAAUGAGGGGAUCUUGAGCUUGAUUGAGAAAAAAUGGGAUGAUCUUGUGGGUCAUAUGCCCAUGAAGAUUUGUUACCCUGCUCUGGAGUCCGAGGAAUGGAGAAUAAUUACUGGCAGCGAUCCCAAGAACACUCCCCUUUUUUUCUUUUGCAGCCCAUGGUCAUACCACAAUGGAGGCUCUUGGCCAACUCUCCUGUGGCAGUUCACGCUUGCUUGCAUAAAGAUGGGGAAGCCUGAUCUUGCACGGAGAGCUGUAGAUUUGGCCGAGGAGAGGAUAUCAGCUGAUCAAUGGCCCGAAUACUACGACACAAGGAGCGGGAGGUUCAUUGGGAAGCAGGCAAGACUGUUCCAGACUUGGACAAUUGCUGGUUACCUGACCUCAAAGAUGCUCCUUGAGAAGCCUGAAAUGGCUUCCCAGUUAUUCUGGGAAGAAGACUACGAGCUCCUUGAGAUGUGCGUCUGUGCCCUUAAUAAAUCUGGCCGAAAGAAGUGCUCGCGAUCUAGUUCAAGGUCUUGAACUGCAGUCUGAAGCAGUCAAAGACUUUACAGAGGUCAUUGACAUUUCUCGAGAAAUAACUGUAUGUUAGACCAGUGAUAAGCGUAAUCUAUGAUUGAUGUGGAUUACAUAGUAGGACUAGGAGUUUUUCAAUUUGUCGACUAAUCUGAUUCGGGUUACCAUGGUGAUUGGUUGAUCAAUUGGCAACUGUCUGCAAUUGCUUGUAUACUGUUGCUAAUUUCGCGGCAAUUCACAUCUUAUGAUGAAUUCAACUUCCAACUC